AUGUCAAUUGAUCGGUUAGUAAAAGCUUGGAACAAUGUUUCUUGUAAAACAAUUGUUAAUUGUUGGAAGAAGACUAAAAUUUUGUUACCUUCAAUGUUUGAGAAUAUAUUAGUACCAUCUACACUAUUAUCAAAUAGUACUAUGACUGAUAAUAUAAUAAUUAAUUCACAAAAAACUAAAGAAGAAAUCCAAGAUUUAAUAAAUAAAUUACCUUAUAAUAAUAUACUAAAUGCAGAUGAGUAUAUUAACAUUAAUAAUAUAUCUGAAAAUAUAGAUCUAACAAAUAAGAAAAUUGUCAAUAUAAUUCAAGAUAAAAAGAAAACUGAAAUUUUGUUAUAUUCAAUGUUUGAGAAUAUAUUAGUACCAUCUACACUAUCAUUAAAUAGUACUAUUACUGAUGAUAUAAUAAUUAAUUUACAAAAAACUGAAGAAAAAAUCCAAGAUUUAAUAAAUAAAUUACCUUAUAAUAAUAUACUAAAUGCAGAUGAGUAUAUUAAUAUUAAUAAUAUGUCUAGAAAUGUAGAUCUAACAAAUGAGAAAAUUGUUAAUAUAAUUCAAGAUAAA